AUUGUCUGUGAUUCAAAUCAUCACAUUAAUCAGGUCGUUUUAAGACCUACUACGAAUUUUUAUGAAAAUGACAAAUGAGUCAUCAGCUAUAGCCCGCCCCUCCGGCCCCUUGGGAAAACCUUUACAAUAGUAUAAAUGGCUGCUCAUCUCGUGCGUAAAAUUAGAAGGGUAGUUGAAUUUAGAACCGAUCUACAACAAUGGAGUUCAGUUCAUUGAUUUUUCUGAUAUUUUCAUGCUCCCUUUGUUACGUUUUUGCGUUGUCACCGAAACAAGAGGUGUGUCUUCUUCCAGUAGAGGAGGGGCCUUGCAGAGGAGAUAGCCAGCGUUACUACUACAAUACUAUCACUCAACAAUGUGAGGUGUUCAGCUAUGGAGGCUGCCAAGGGAAUGGCAACAACUUCAUGAGUUUUAUGGAAUGUAAGAAAGCAUGUUUUAGGAUACCAAAGAUCCCCCAGAUCUGCAGGUUCCAGAAGGAGGAGGGCCCCUGCCGUGCCAUGCACUGGCGCUACUUCUUCAACAUGACCACCAUGCAGUGUGAGCAGUUUGUCUACGGUGGCUGUCAGGGCAACGAGAACCGCUUCCAGAACCAGAUGUCUUGCAUGGAGUACUGUAGACCACACAAAACUACUCCUGUGCUCUGCCUGGAUCCCCUGGAUAAAGGAGGCUGUGCUGCGUCUAUACUGCGCUAUUACUACAACUCAGCUUCCAGGAUGUGUGAGCAGUUCAUCUAUUCAGGCUGUGGAGGAAGCAGCAACAACUUUAUAUCCAGGCAAAGCUGCAUGGACGUCUGUGCUAAAGCUGGGAAACCAUGGAAACCCAGAAGAACAGGCUUGAAGAGAACAACCACCAAAAAACGCAUUAGAAUAAAGUCUAAUAACGGUAUUAAAUGGUCAACAAUUUGAUUCAGAGAUUUUUAUUCAAAGAGACACAUGAAUUGACUGUAAAUGAACAUACAUUGAAAUGUUGAUUUGUAUGUUUGUUUUUUACUGCACUAGAAGUAACUAGCUACUUGCACUGCCUUUUCUAUAGAUGUUAACUGUGAUGCACUGUUGAAAAUAGCGAACCAACCACCCAAAUGGGAAUCAACCUACACCAGCAGUAUUUUUGCUGUGUAUCUUUCUCAAGAUGGUGUAUUGUAGAAUACAUUUACCAUAGCAACUAUCAUACAAUAUAGCAUUUAAUUUUUGUUAGCAAAAUAAUGAAUGUAUUUUUAGUAUUUUGUGUUUUUAACAUAGUAUAUUUCAACAAAAACCUUUGGUUAGCAUUAUAUGAAGUUUUCACACAAUGGCAUAUUUUGGAUAAUUUUUUUUUAAAACUCAACUUUUCCUUGUCUGGAUAGUCCUGUUAUUAAGCAGGAAUAAGAACUGAAUGUGUAUCGAUACUUAUUUUGUAUUUGUUCUUAACUGACUUGCCUAGUUAAAUUAAAAUAAUUAUUUUCCUCUGGA